AGGGUGUGCUGGGUUAGAGGCACAGAGAGAGAGGAAAGGGUAAAUGUUGGGCGGGGUGGAGCCGAGGCCAGUCUGCAGGCUGCUCUCUAUCUUCCUCCCUUCAUCCCUCUGUCCACUCCCCCCAGCGUUUCUCCUCUGCUAGCGGAACAAAGACACGGAGUCUCCGCAGCCAUCACCGACACGGAGAGUCGCUCCUCCACCACCGACACGGAGAGUCGCUCCUCCUCCACCACCGACACGGAGAGCUGCGUCCUCCACCCCGGGUGUUUGUUUUGCGAGAGAGAAGGAGAGAGAAGGAGAGAGAGAAGGAGAGAGAAGGAGAGAGAAGGAGAGAUGGCUCGGCGGUAGAUGUGUGUCGGUGCCACCCAGGAUGAGUGUUGCCCUGCAGGAUCUGCGGAACAACAUGUCCAGUUAUAAGCGUGCUACUUUCGAGGAAGAGGAAGUGUCUGACGUCCCAGCGGAUGGAAACAUGUCACCUGACAGUGUGGAGGUUGGCUUCAGGAAAGGUGGAGUCCAGCUCCUGGGGCCUCUUGGAAGAAGAACGCAGCUUGAGGUUCUCCUGUCUGGCCUCCUGCUCACCUCCCUGCUGGCCCUGUUUGGCUGUGCCCUCACGCUGGGAGUCCAGUACAACAGAGAGGUGGGGCGGGGUCUGUGCUUGUCAGAGGCUUGCGUCACGCUCGCCGGCAAGAUGGUGGAGGCCAUGGACCGCAGCGCCGACCCAUGUCAGGACUUCUACCAGUUCGCCUGCGGAGGAUGGAUCCGGAAAAACCCACUUCCUGAUGGGCGGCCGCGCUGGUCCACCUUCAACAGCAUCUGGCAACAAAACCAAGCCCUUCUGAAACACCUGCUGGAAAACGGGACGUUUAAUGGGAGCAGCGAGGCAGAGAGGAAGACGCAGGCGUACUAUCUGUCCUGUCUCAAUGAGCAGAGGAUCGAGGAGCUGGGCGCUCAGCCGCUCAUCAACCUUAUCAGCAAGAUUGGGGGCUGGAACCUGACGGGACCAUGGGAUAAGGAUAACUUCAUGGACGUUCUGAAGGUUGUGUCUGGACCGUUCCGAGCUCAGCCCUUCUUCACCGUGGCCGUCAGCGCCGACUUGAAGAACUCCAAUAGUAACAUUAUCCAGGUGGACCAAUCAGGGCUGUUCCUGCCCUCCCGGGACUAUUACCUCAACAAGACAGCCAAUGAGAAGGUUCUGGCAGCCUACGUGGAGUACAUGGUGGAGCUGGGGUUGCUGUUGGGGGGUGAGAGGAGCUCCACUCUUCAGCAAAUGCAGCAGAUACUGGAUUUUGAGAUAGCGCUGGCUAACAUCACUGUGCCACAGGACCAGCGCCGUGAUGAGGAGAAGAUCUACAACAAGGUCACCAUCGCUGAACUCCAGGUCUUGGCUCCGGCUGUGGAUUGGUUGGAGUUGCUGAUUUCCUCUCUUGCUCCUCUGGAGCUCAAUGACAGUGAGCCUGUUGUACUCUACGCCCGGGAAUACCUGCAGCAGGUGUCAGACCUCAUCAGCAAGACAGAUCGCAGUCUGCUGAAUAACUACAUGAUCUGGACUUUGGUUCAGAAGGGUGUGGCCAGUCUGGACCAGCGCUUUGAGAACGCCCAGGACAAACUAGUGGAGAGCCUGUAUGGUACUAAGUCCUGUACCCCCCGCUGGCAGACCUGUAUCGGGAACACGGACGACACGCUGGGAUUUGCUUUGGGAGCGCUCUUCGUCAAAGCCACCUUCGACAAACACAGCAAGGAGAUAGCUGAAGAGAUGAUAAAUGAAAUUCGCUCAGCAUUUAAAGAGUCUUUGGACAAACUCACCUGGAUGGAUGAACAGACAAAGCAGGCUGCAAAAGAGAAGGCAGAUGCAAUCUAUGACAUGAUUGGUUUCCCAGACUUUAUCUUGGACCCCAAAGAGCUUGAUGACGUUUAUGACGGGUAUGAGGUUUCUGACGACAACUUUUUCCAGAACAUGUUAAACUUCUACAACUUUUCAGCUCGAGUGAUGGCAGACCAGCUGAGAAAACCCCCCAACAGAGACCAAUGGAGCAUGACUCCACCCACAGUGAAUGCAUACUACAUUCCCACCAAGAACGGCAUUGUCUUUCCUGCUGGAAUCCUGCAGGCACCCUUCUACGCCCACGACCACCCCAAGGCGUUGAAUUUCGGAGGGAUUGGGGUUGUGAUGGGUCACGAGCUCACACACGCCUUUGAUGAUCAGGGCAGGGAGUAUGAUAAGGAGGGUAACCUGCGGUCCUGGUGGCUCAACUCGUCGGUGGAGGCGUUUGGCAGGAGGACGGAGUGCAUGGUGCAGCAGUACAGCCGCUAUGCCGACAACGGAGAAAACCUCAAUGGAAAACAGACGCUGGGAGAAAACAUCGCCGACAAUGGAGGACUGAAGGCUGCCUAUCAUGCUUACCGGUCAUGGGUAAAGAGGAAUGGGGAGGAGAAGAGACUUCCUGCGGUCAACCUGACGAAUGACCAGCUCUUCUUUGUGGGUUUUGCUCAGGUGUGGUGCUCUGUGCGGACACCAGAGAGCGCUCAUGAGGGCUUGGUGACGGACCCCCACAGCCCUCCCAGGUACCGCGUCAUUGGCACGCUGUCCAACUCGCCAGACUUCACCCAGCAUUUCCAGUGCCCACAGGGUACACCCAUGAACACCGGCCACCGCUGUGAGGUGUGGUAGAGGUCAAAGGUCACAGGAAGAAGGCGCAGGAGGAAGAGGAGGAAGCAGCUGGCUGAGGAGUAUUGAAUGAUUUUUGGACUAAUGUUCAUUGUGUUUGAUUUAAAGAGAGAGCAGUGAGAAUGUAAAUAAUAUAUAGAUGUGUGUGUGGGUGUGUGUGUGU